CCUAUUUUAUUUUUAUUUACAUCUCCAAUUUGACAUGCACUGCGAUUCCCUUUAUAUAUAAACCCACGACGCGCACACAAAUCCCAACACAACAGAUAAAAAAAACCCCCAAAGUUUUAAACCUUUCGAAAAAUCACCACAAUAAAAAUAUGAGGAUCAAUUUGGUCCCUGCAGUUCUCUCCCUCGCAAUCUUCUUCAUCAUCUUCACCCCGUCUUCUGCAGAAACGCCAGAACCCCUUUCGAUUCUGUCUUCCGCCAAUCAAAUACUCAACCAAACAAGCCAAUGGCUGGGUUUCCCGGCGAAAUUCGACCAACCCAGGAUCGAAUUCUCCGCCGCCACCGUCGUUGCCGCCGUGCUCAGCUUUGUCUCCGCCGCGAUUUCUAGUGCCGGCGGAAUCGGAGGCGGCGGAUUGUACAUACCCAUCAUGACGAUCGUUGCCGGAGUCGACCUGAAAACCGCCUCGAGCUUCUCGGCGUUCAUGGUCACCGGAGGAUCUAUUGCAAACGUCGGAUCAAAUCUCUUCGUCAGGAACCCUAAAUCAGGAGGACAAACCCUAAUCGAUUUCGAUUUAGCGCUGCUUUUGGAGCCAUGUAUGCUGCUCGGCGUGAGCGUCGGUGUAAUAUGCAACCUCGUCUUCCCUAAUUGGCUCGUCACAAUACUCUUCGCCGUUUUUCUCGCUUGGUCAACGAUGAAGACCUGCAACAAUGGAAUUCACCACUGGAAAUUGGAAUCGGAGGCGGAAAAGAUUAAAGGGUCGAAUCAAAUCGAUGGCAAUGAGCAGAACGAGGAUUCAAAAGAGCCUCUUUUGGGAUCUGAUGGAGAUUAUGAGAGACCGAGGAGGUUUCCGUGGAUGAAGCUUGGAGUUCUGGUGAUUGUCUGGUUCUCGUUCUUCGCUGUUUAUCUUCUUCGUGGCAACAAAUAUGGAGAGGGAAUCAUAUCGAUCGAGCCAUGUGGAGUAACUUACUGGGUUCUUUCUUCACUCCAAAUACCGCUUGCUCUGGUUUUCACUCUCUGGAUCUGCUUCAGCAACAGCCUCCAAGCUCACGGUCCAGACCACCAAGACGAAAAGGACAUCGAAGAUUUGACUGCAAGCGAUGAGGGAAGAUCGAACAAGUGUAUGUUCCCUGUAAUGGCUCUCCUGGCUGGUUUGUUGGGCGGUCUUUUCGGUAUUGGAGGCGGAAUGCUCAUUAGCCCGCUUCUUCUGCAAGUCGGUAUCCCACCUGAGGUAACAGCAGCGACAUGCUCUUUCAUGGUUCUGUUUUCUUCCACGAUGUCGGCUAUCCAGUACAUCUUGCUGGGCAUGGAACACACGGGAAUCGCUACGAUAUUCGCCGUUGUAUGCUUCGUGGCUUCGAUCAUAGGACUCAUCGUGGUUCAGAAGGCGAUCAACGAGUAUGGAAGAGGUUCGAUCAUCGUGUUUUCGGUAGGUAUAGUCAUGGCACUGAGUACGGUUCUGAUGACAAGCUAUGGAGCUCUUGAUGUCUGGAACGAUUUUGUCUCUGGUCGUUAUAUGGGUUUCAAGUUACCAUGUUGAGGCGUCCACCCAAAAAAAAAGUUUUUUUUUUCUUCUCCAGGUAUAGUUUUGUAUAUCCACGUCUGCAAUAAAUCCACGUCAGCUCUACGUUCUUGCAUGUGUUUUUGUUACUUGUAUGCAUUUUGUUCUGUAUUGAUUCAAAAUCCAUUUGUACGAUGCACACCUCGUGCAUUUUCGUGUUCUAUUUGUAUAAUUAUAAUGUUAUUUUUA